UACGUAAUUUUGUCUAAAACGAGAUAUAAUAAAGUAUUGGCUGGCUGUCACAUGAUAAAUAUUGAAUAUGUCUAUUCUAAUAAGUUUUAGUGCGCCGUCGUAAUAACGUUAGUAAAUAGUGUACUUACCACUAAACGUAAAAAAUUAUAUUAUAAAGAUGUCUGGAAGCAAAUGCCGGAAUUGUGGGUCUACGGAUAUUGAAACAGAUCCAGCUAGAGGAGAUGCAGUAUGUACAGAAUGUGGUUUUGUGUUGGAAGAUCAACUUAUCGUCAGCGAGACUGCAUUCAAGGAAACACCAUCUGGAAAUAUGAUGGUGCUUGGUCAGUUUGUUGCUAACGAUAGUACUGGUGGAGCUACAGGUUUCGGAGCAGCGUAUCAUGUGAAUGGAAAAGAAUCAAGGGGAAUAACUUUACAAAAUGCAAGAAAAGGAAUUACUCAUUUAUGUAUGCAAUUACGCUUGAACCAGCAUUGCAUUGAUACAUCAAUGAAUUUUUAUAAAAUGGCAUUAAAUCGUCAUUUAACUCGGGGAAGGAAGCAAGCUCAUAAUCAUGCAGCUUGUGUUUAUAUUACAUGUCGUACUGAAGGCACUGCACAUAUGCUUAUUGACAUCAGUGAUGUUCUACAAAUUUGUGUAUACGAAUUGGGACGCACGUAUCUACGGUUUACGCAAGCUCUCUGUAUCAACAUACCAUCGGCAGAUCCAUGUUUGUAUAUCAUGCGAUUUGCAAAUAAAUUAGAGUUUGGCGAUAAAUCUCACGAAGUAUCUAUGACUGCUAUACGUGUUGUACAACGGAUGAAAAGGGAUAGCAUUCACAGCGGACGUAAACCAUCCGGCCUAUGUGGAGCUGCGUUGCUAAUGGCCGCUCGGUUACACGAGUUCAACAGGUCCCCCGCGGAUAUCAUAAAAAUCGUGAAGGUGCAUGAAACCACGUUACGAAAAAGGCUUAUAGAAUUCGGCGAUACACCCUCGAGCGCGUUGACCCUCGAAGAAUUCAUGACGGUCGACUUGGAGGAGGAACAAGAUCCGCCGGCUUUCAAAGCUGCACGGAAAAAGGACAGGGAAAGAUUGCAAAGGUUAGAAAAUAUAGAUACAGAAAUAAAUGAGUUACAAGCUGAGAUUGAUAAGCAAUUGGAGGACCGUAAAGUAGGAAGACCAAGAAAGCGGAAUAACGUCGAUUCUAUAGAAAAAGAAGACACAGAGCGAUUUGUGCAAGAAAGUAAUUUAGAUAUAAUUAAACAUUACGUUGAAGAUGACGUCGACGAUCCUGAUAUCGAAAUUCAUGAUUCUGAGCAUAACGGCAAUAAUCGUUUGAUUACGGGUCUAGGUCCAAAUAUUGCUUCCAUAAUAUCGACAAAUGAUAGAGAAAGUGAAGGAAAGGAUCAAGGGAAUACACCGUUCGAAUCUAAUUCUGGUGAGAUUGACGUUGCUGAUUUGGACGAUGAAGAAUUAGAUACUUACAUCAUGUCGGAAAAGGAAGCACAGUUUAAACAUAAUUUAUGGAAUAAAGUGAACGCAGAAUAUCUAAAUCUACAGAAAGAAAAAGAAGAAAAACGACAGAAAGAGAAAGAAGAGGGUAAACCGGAAAAGAAACGACGGAGAACCACUAAACGUAAUAAAAGUCAGGCACCGGCAAAUACUGCAGGAGAAGCAAUCGAAAAAAUGUUACAAGAAAAGAAAAUCUCGUCUAAAAUCAAUUAUGAAGUAUUGAAAAGCCUAAGUGUUUCUGUAAACGCACCAAGCAAGGAGCAACAAAAAACUGAAAAACAUGUUCAAUCUAAACAAGAUGUGGAUAAUAUUGCAACUUCCAGUAAAACGCCUACUGUCUAUAGUCCCCUGAAAUCAGAAGAUACAUCACCUACAACAUCAACAAGAAGAUCCCGUUCAAUUAAACCACAACUACAAGUAAUGAAGAAAGAAGAAGCACGAAUUUCAAUUGAGGUGAAAGCUGAUAGUACAGUAGAACCUGUGGUGUCAAGAAUAGAUACCUGUGAUAUGGAUGAAACUGAUGACUACAUUGAUGAGGAUGCUGAACCUGAAGUUGAAGUGGAUGCUGAUGUUGAUCCUACAGAAAUGACAGUUGGACAGAUGCUUGGACAGCAUGGAUCUGAAGAAGAAAACGAUUUUGGAUAUGGAUACGAUGAAGAGGAUUAUUAACUAUUUAUAAUUUUAUAAGCUAUUAUUUAUUGUAAUUGUAGCCCUCUUAGGUCUCAGUAAAAAAGACUGCAUUUUACUAUGU